AUGGACCAGGCGAACAAUCUACCCAUUGUCACCAGCAUGAUUCCUCAACCAGCGAGUUGGAAAUAUGUCAGGAGCUUCAAGGCGAUAUCUGGUAUGUCGGACGACGAAAAGUUCCAGCUCCAGGUGAGGCACACGCAGCGACCUGUGGACAACGGUGCGAGCAUUGCGGUUAAAGCCAUCUCUCAUCAGAAAUCCCUGCGCUACCUGAAAGGAAAGUACCUGGAUGAGAGAAAGCUGUAUCAGGAGCAAGACGAUGACGCUUUGAAGAAGGUUACUGGCGAGGCAUGCGCGGAGUUCCCAUUCUUGCUACAGCGUUAUGAAAGUGCAUGGCCGAUUGAGGCUUUGCUGAGAUCGCGGCUCGCGACCUCAGCGUCGAAUUCGCGCAGAAUGAGCGGGCAGAGCUCGCACAGGGCAGCUGGGAAGGCCAGGGCGAAGAAGAGCGUCGCGCGAUCGCCAGCAAGGUUUGAGACACAGGAUGAGGAGAUGAGAGAUGAGCUGGAGAGCUCGUCGAGUCCAGAGCCCGAGGAGUCCCUGCAUUCGCAAUACCGGUCUAGAUCGUCGCGAAAUAUUGCUCCCUUGAUCGGGAGCGAACCACAAAAAUUGUCCCUGGGAUCCCCAACUGGUCUACUAUAUUCACAAUCUCGACCUGUGCAGAUAUUUGGACAGCAGAAUGCUAACAGUGACUCAUCUUUCGUUGCCUUACCCUCUGUCCCUUCCUCGAGUGCGAAGCACGCACCGUCCAUGUCUCAGCCCUCGUGCCCUCUCCCCUCUACCUCUUCGGUUCAAGACCGAGAUGUCGCUGUGUCCGUGAAUACGGCACCUGGCACGAGUGCAGCAGGGUCUCCACAGAACCCUUCUGGUUCUCCCACACCAGUCUCGGUGGAGGCCCGAAAAAGGCCUCUAUCGAGCGUCAGAGGCAUAGAUAACAUUCUGGCCUGGACUUCUGCCUCAAACUCCGGCCAGGGGACACGACACGCUCACUGCCCUCCCGAGAUGACAGGUUCAGAGGCUGUCCCCUCCGUUGCCGAUCCACCCGCCUCCGGCGCCAGCGACACAACCGCCGUGGACAAUAGCGCAAGUGCUAUGAACAAUGACACGGCGACUGUAAACAGGGGCACGACUAUCGUGGAUCGCGGCGGUGAGGAAGGGGAAGCUGUUGUCCGAGACUUCCUGUGUUCGUUAGUCCAGCCGCUGGACAAUCUGCUGCCUAUGUUCCUGCAGGCCGGGAUUCAGGACAGAGCGUCCCUCAGAGGCUUCGCUGCUCUCCCAAGAGAAGAACAGCUGAACCUUUUGCGGUUUGAUCUGCAUCUUAAUGUCUUACAGUCGAGAAUCAUCCUCCACGGUCUCUCGCAGCUUGCUUGA